AUGACCAUCGCCUUCACUCUGGCGGCAGCGGCUGGAGCCGUGCUGGCUAACGCCAUGCCGGCACCUCGUGCGGCCUCGCUCGACACUCUUUGCACUUCAUCCAGUGUCGCCGGACUUUUGCCUUAUGACGCCAUCCUUGGCGUGACCAUUGUCAACUCGACCGUCGGCGUCAACACGGGCACGUACAACAGCAGCGGUACCCAGUACUCUUACUGCAACGUCACGUUCCAGUACGAACAUGAUGGUGUCUCCGACGCCGACGUCUGGGUGCAGUACAUUCUCCCGGACCCCAGCACCUUCAAGAACCGCUACCUCUCGACCGGCGGUGGCGGCAACGCUAUCAACUCGGGUGUGCCUACCAACGGCCUCGCUUACGGCGCUGUUGGCGGUCGUACUGAUGGUGGCUUUGGCGGUUUCGACGCCGAGUUUGACACCGACGGGGUCGACGUCCUUGCCAACGGCACUGUUAACAUCUGGGUCAUCAAACUCUUCGGUUACCUUGCCCACCAUGAGAUGGCCGUCCUCGGCAAGCAGCUCACUCGCAACUUCUACAGCCUGGAUGCCACUAUCAGCACUGAGGUCACCAGCGGCGACGGAACCACCAACUACGUUAACACGACCUCCACUGAGACCAACGGCACCCGUCUCUACUCGUACUACCAGGCAUGCUCUGAGGGUGGUCGUGAGGGCUGGUCGCAGCUCCAGCGUUUCGGUGACCAGUUUGACGGUGCCGUCGUUGGUGCCCCUGCCUUCCGUUACGCCCACCAGCAGGCUAACCACAUGUUCUCGGCUGUUGUCGAGCAGACCCUCGACUACGUCCCUCCUCCUUGCGAGCUUGAGGCGAUCGUCACCGCCAUCAUCGACGCCUGCGACCCUCUUGAUGGCCGUACCGACGGUGUUAUUUCGCGCUCCGACCUCUGCCUUCUCAACUUCAACCUGACCUCCGUCAUUGGCACUUCGUACUACUGUGCUGCCAGUACGGCCAGCUCCGGCAUGGGUGGCAAUGGUGGCGGUUCUUCCGCCCCCGAGCAGUCGGGCAACGUCUCCGCGCUGGGUGUUGAGGUCGCUCAGACUAUCCUUGACGGCCUCCACGACUCGAACGGCAACAAGGCUUAUCUUUCGUGGGCCAUUGGAGCCUCGUUCGCCGACGCCACUUCAUCGACCUACAACAACGCGACCGGCAAGUGGGAGCUCCCCGACAUUGGCAUCGCUGCCACCUGGAUCGGUCGUGUGCUCCUUGGUCUCCAGGAGACGGACAUGUCCCUCACCGGUAUCGACUAUGACCAGAUUGUCGACUGGAUGUACUACGGCUGGCAGAACUACUUUGACACUCUCCACACCACCUGGCCCGACCUCUCCCCCCUCAACAAUGCCGGCGGCAAGGUCAUUCACUACCACGGUGAGGCCGACAACUCGGUUCCCGUUGGCUCGUCGGUUCACUACUACGAGACCGUCGCCAGCACCAUGUACCCCAGCCUGAACUACACCGAGGCCCACACCGCCCUCGCCGAGUGGUACCGCCUCUACCUCAUCCCUGGUGCCGCUCACUGCGCCACCAACUCGCUCCAGCCCAACGGCCCCUGGCCCACCGACAUGCUCUCCCAGGUCAUCUCGUGGGUCGAGGAUGGUGUCGUCCCCACGACGCUCAGCGCCAACGUCACCGAGGGCGACUUUAUCGGCUCGCAGGACAUCUGCGCCUGGCCUCUCCGCCCUUACUGGAACAGCAACACCUCCAUGGUCUGCCAGUACGACCAGGCUAGCAUCGACACGUGGCAGUACACCUUCCCCGCGUUCAAACUCCCCGUCUGGUAA